AUGAGGUGCUGGGAGGCUGGGCAGCACUCCAGCUGGAUGUGCCCCACUGCUCUGCUCUCUUUGUAUGGCUUCUUCGCCAACUGCAGGCCAGCAGAGCCCUUCCUCACGCCUUACCUGUUGGGGCACAAAAACAUCUCUGGACAUGUGGUAACCAACUACCUGUUCCCCAUAUGGACAUAUUCCUAUCUUGCUGUCCUGCCCCUCAUCUUCCUGCUGACUGACAUGCUGCGCUACAAGCCUCUUGUUGUCCUGCAGGGCCUUUUCCUAGUCAGCAACUACCUCCUGCUCUGUUUUGCCUUUGACUUGGUUGCCCUAACAUACCUGCAGUUCAACUUUGCCAUGGUUACUUCUACAGAGGUGGCCUACUUCUCCUACAUCUACAGUGUCAUACCAGCUGAGCAAUACCAACGUGCCACAGCCUAUGUCCGAAGUGCCAUGCUGACUGGCUUUACUUUUGGAGCUACUAUGGGGCAGAUGCUAAUAUCUUUAGCUGAUCUGAGCUACUUCACAGUCAAUGCUAUCACACUGGCUUUCAUGGGGAUAGCCUUCCUGGUGUCCUUUAGCCUUCCAAUGCCCCGGCAUGGGAUGUAUUUUGGCACUGGGCCAGGAGCAUCUACAUAUCCACUGAAUGAAGUGACAGAGGCCACUGACCGCAUGUCUGGCAGGGAGGAGAUGAAGGGAGCUGUCAGUCGGUGGUAUAGCAAGGAACGUAUGAGAUUCGCUGCCAGGCAAAUGUGGGAAAACCUCAGGGAGUCCUACAGUACCAAAAGGCUGGUGUACUGGUCUCUGUGGUGGGCACUGGCUACAGCUAAUUACGGGCAGGUUUUCAACUAUGUCCAAGUCAUGUGGGACCAGAUUGCACCAUCAAGCACAUCCUCCAUUUACAAUGGAGGAGUAGAGGCUGUGUGCACACUUGUGGGUGCAGUUGCAGCAUUCUUAGUGGGAUAUAUGAGAGUGAGGUGGGAGGUUUGGGGUGAGUUGUUUCUCGGUGUCUUCUCUGCUGUUGGUGCAGGCAGUGUGUUCCUCACUGGCCUCUCCACCAAUAUCUGGCUCUCCUACACUGGUUAUGUCAUCUUUAAAGCUUCAUACAUGUUCCUCAUUACUAUCACCACGUUUCAGAUAGCAGCUAACCUGUCUAUGGAGUGUUAUGCACUAACCUUCGGCAUAAACACAUUUGUUGCCCUCGCUCUCCAGACUGUGCUAACUGCGGUCGUAGUUGAUCAUUCUGGCCUGGGGUUGGACAUUGUUACCCAGUUCAUAAUUUAUGGCAGCUGCUACACUGCGAUCUCCUUGCUGUUCUUGUUCCGUGGAUUGUACACUGCUGGCAGCUACUACUACACAUCCAGAGAAAGUGCAGAGACCCGCACAGCAGACAAGACGUGAUGCUGGAAUGAACAUGUAAAGAAAAUAAUUCUCAGACAAUGAAGUGAAAGAAACACUGUCUUAGCUAACCUAUAUGACAAGUUAACUGUACAUGGAAACCUUGACGCUGCGUGAAAGAGUUGGCUUGUGUAGAGCCAAAUUUUCUUGAUUAGUAACGUAAAGAGUAUUGACUGAUUGUGGCGUCGGUCAUAUACUUUAUGAAUUGCAUUUAUAGUCAAUUAAGAUGAUGCUAUUAACUGUUGUUGCUCCAUCAGUUUUGUGUCCUGUAACAAUU